CGCGGUAUUAUCAUAGAAUUGGGUGCAACCGACCAAAGCUCAGCAAGAGCAAAGGUCCAGUCCAGAGCUAGCUGGGUGGGGAGGCUCGUAGUCGUAGAUCUUUGACGAACGACGAACCACCGAGAUUUGAACUUAUAAUUUCCACCGGUAUUAGCGUUUUUCUUGUUGAAUUUCUUCGCUUCUGAUUCCGAUAGGGCGAGGCGCCGGGGAAUUUCACCAUGGAUGCUCUCAGAAAGCAAGCCAGCAAGCUCAAGGUUCAAGUUGCCAAGCAACAGCAGGCUGUAAUAAAGCAAUUUGGUGGGUCCGGCUAUGAGAGUUCAGAUGUGAUGGUCAUAGAUGAGGUUGAGAUGCAGAGACAUCAGCAACUAGAGAAAUUUUAUAAAUCAACUCGUGCAGGAAGGGAUUUCCAAAAAGAUAUUGUUAAAGCUGGAGAAGCAUUUAUAGCCAUAGGUUAUAGACAUAUUGAGACAGGUAACAAGUUAUCUGAGGAUUGUUGCAACUAUGGAGCUAAUAAUAUCAACGAAAAUAUAUUAGCAAAGGCUUCAUCUAUAUAUGGCGAUGCUUGUAAGCAUGUGGAGAAGGAACAGGAGGACUUGAUCAAGCUUUUAUCUUCACAGAUUUUAGAUCCCUUGAGAGCAAUGAUUACUGGUCCUCCUCUAGAAGAUGCCCGACAUCUUGCUCAACGUUAUAGCCGUAUGAGACAGGAAGCAGAAUCACUGGCAGCAGAAAUUUCCAGAAGACGAGCACGUGUAAGGGAAUUUUCAAACCCUGAAAAUGUUGCAAAGUUACACGCUUCAGAAGCAAAAAUGCAGGAACUUAAAGCAAACAUGGCAGUUCUUGGGAAGGAAGCUUCAGCUGCGUUAGCUGCUGUUGACGCUCAGCAACAGAGACUUACUUUGCAGAGGCUAGUUGCAAUGGUUGAAGGUGAAAAGACAUACCAUCUUAGAGUAGCUGCUAUCCUUGGGGAGGUUGAAGCAGAGAUGGUCACAGAGAAACAACGAAAAGAGUCAGCUCCCCCUGUGAUCUCAUCAGAAAAUCACCCAGGGAAAUCAUCAUUCUUUUUGGCUGAAGCGGUGCAUCCUUUUAAUGCUGCGUCAGAGAAAGAACUGAGCUUGUCAGUUGGUGACUAUGUCGUUGUGCGAAAGGUGAGCCCAACAGGAUGGUCAGAAGGAGAAUGUAAAGGCAAAGCUGGUUGGUUUCCCUCAUCAUAUGUGGAGAAACGGCAAAGAAUUCCCACAAUGAACACCGUUCCUGAAUCAUUUUAAUCCUCAGCUGGGUGCAUAUUCUACGGUAGGCUUCAUUUCAUUUUCAGGAAGGUGGGCAACUUGGCUCAUCUGUUCACAUUCAUUGGUUCUUAAUGUCAAUUAAAUUUUAUGUAUUCUUUUCUCAACUUCGUUGUUUAGAUGUGUACUUGUAUAGGUUAUUCUUUUUGUCUUCUUAUUUUGGAAGAGAGAUUAUACCAGUGCAUGAAUAUGCAACCUUAGGUAUUCGUAUUAGCAAAAACCAUUAAUGUGAUCUAUUGUAACUUUGUUUUUGUGUAUUAUGUGUAUUAUUAGGAGUCCAAUAACUGAGUUAUAUUUAGUAUUUAUAUUGUUUUGUUGUUUA